GCCGCAGCAGCAGCAAAUGUUAGUUUGCAUUAUUCUGCGUUUAAUUACUCAACUACAUCGGCAGCAUCAGCAUCGCCAUCAUCAGCUGCUAUUGGUCUCCUUAUUUCGACUGCGACUGCUACAACGGCAAUUGAUAGUAAUAGUAAUAGUAAUAGUAAUAGUAAUAAUGGUGGUGCAGGUGAUGCAGCUGCUGAAAUUGCAACUCUAUGCGAUGUGGAAAUUAUUCCGACUUUACGUCUGUUUUUAGUUAGUGGUGCUGGUGAUGAACAAAAGGAGUUGGGGAAGUAA